AAGGCGUGCUUGAAAACCUGAGAUGAGCGUAAUCUGUGUCAGUCUCCCUUUUAAUGCGUGGUUUUCCCACGCUGGGUGGGAGACAACACUGGACUAGAAUAUGUUGGUUUUAUUGGUUAUUUUCAGGGUUGAGGUCACUAUUCGAAAAAUCGUUCCUCGAUAAAGAAAAAAAAUAUUCCCGAAUCAAAAUCGAUCCUCGAUUCAGUACAGAGGGGUGCUCAAUUCACCCGUGCUAUAUUCAGAUUGCAAACAUGGUAGAAACAAAGAAGCAAAACCUCUGAGAAUGACCACUCCCUAGUUUAAAUGGGACACUUUGGGUUAGGGUAGAGGGAGCGUUCGGGGGAGGGGGGAAUUAGGAAGGAUAACAGAGCAUCCCGUGUGUUCAUCUCAGUGAAUGAAGUAAUGGAGCGCAGUGAAAACCAUUGAGAUGCUCCUUUACGCCGCGGUUGUUGCAUCCGGGAUCACUUGUGCGCUCAGCAGCACCCGAGAGGGACGGACAGCGCCCACAGAGCAGGAGAGGAUGGCGUGGAAAGGAGUUCAGUUCAAUUGAACGAGAGAGUGAGCGAGAGUUGUGAGCCGAGUUGGCACUGUGGAUUGUGUAGUUUCGUUUUGUUCGUAUACACAACUAGUUUUUCCGAAGCGAUGCUCUACGAAAUGUUAGACAUCUUUCACACAAUUCAAAUCCGUAGAUGCUGUUUUUUUUCGAGCAUAUUUGGGAGAAUAUCGGCGUCUAGAAAUCUGACGAGAGAAGGAUAUUUCUGGUGGAAAUAAUAUUUUCUUUCCAAGGGGUGUUCCCUCAGCCAGUAGCCUAGGGUGACUUGGGUUAAGUGUUUGUGAGGCGUUGGGGGGAAGGGAUCAGUCGGAGUGCUCGACCCAAGUCAGAAGGAUGCUGGUGGGCAAUGCCUGCAGAAAGAGAGGAUGAGAUCUGUCGAGAAGCUCUGGAGCUGCUCUCCGACCUGUGCUCCAGAGGCGAGGUGCAGAACGACAACUGCCUGGACUUCAUCUACUACUUCAGAGACCUCGCUAGACCGCGGUACACCGACUCAGAUGUCUCCGUCAGCCUGCUGUCGCUGCUGGUCACCGCCUGUGGCCUGGCGCUGUUCAGCGUCUCGCUCUUCGUGUCCUGGAAGCUGUGCUGGGUGCCCUGGAGCUCACGCUUCCUGCCCAACGUCUUCAAGGGGGCUCACUUCCUGGGGGGGGACCAGCAGCCUGUGCUAACAGAGUCUAUCCGUCCCUUCCUCUAUUACUACAACCUACCACAUAUUCACCCUCAAGUGGAUGGAGAGGAGAGGGAGUACAGUGAGGAUGCGUGUGUCAAGCACAUGACGGGGCCACCGGCGGGCGUGGCCGUCCCCGAUUCAGCCAUGAAGAUCAGCCACACCUCGCCGGACAUCCCCCUGGAGGCCCAGAGCAAAGUGGAGAAGAACCACCUCCACACCAUCGCAAGAGACCGGGUCCAGAGACAGAUCACUGAGCCCACCUCGUCUGUCCGCCACCACUCCAUCAGGAGACAGAUGAACCUGUCCAACCCGGACUUCAACCCGGGGCAGUUCCAGCGCCAGGAGUCCCUCGGGCUGGGCCGGAUCAAACCGGAGCUCUACAAGCAGCGCUCGGUCGACGGGGAGGAGGGCCGGCGGGCCGACAGCUGCGGGCGUCUCCACUUUGUGCUGAAGUUCGACUGCGACCUGGAGCAGCUGAUCGUCAAGAUCCACAAGGCCGAGGACCUGCCCGCCAAGGACUUCUCGGGCACCUCUGACCCGUACGUCAAGAUCUACCUGCUGCCCGACCGCAUGACCAAGCACCAGACCAAGGUGCACCGCAAGACACUGCAGCCCGUGUUCGACGAGGUGUUCCUCUUCCCCGUCACGUACGCAGAGCUGCCGGGCCGCAAGCUGCACUUCAGCGUUUACGACUUUGACCGCUUCUCCCGCCACGAUCUGAUUGGCCAGGUGGUGGUGGACAGCUUCCUGGAUCUGCCCGACUUCCCCCGGGAGACCAGACUGUGCCGGGACAUACAGUACGUCACCUCGGAUAAUGUGGACUUGGGGGAGCUGAUGUUCUCGUUGUGCUAUCUCCCCACGGCGGGCAGACUCACCAUCACCAUGAUCAAAGCCAGGAACCUGAAAGCUAUGGAUAUCACCGGAGCUUCUGGUGUGUGUUUGUGUGUGUGUGUAUCUUUCGCUCUCCCCUCUCCCAAAAUAACACAAAUCACCAACAACCAAAGACAACAAGCAACGUGCAUGCUGGGUCCCAGGGGGGGAUAUACCACGUGCCCCCAUGUCCCUGUGUACUCCCUCACGGUGUCCCUCAUGUGCGAGGGUCGGAGGCUGAAGAAGCGGAAGACCUACAAGCGCAACACCCUGAACCCCGUGUACAACGAGGCCAUCGUGUUCGACGUGCCCCCCGAGAACAUCGACCAGAUCAGCCUGCUCAUCGCCGUCAUGGACUACGACAGGGUGGGCCAUAACGAGGUGAUCGGUGUGUGCAGAGUGGGUAAUGAGGCCGAAAGUCUGGGCCGAGACCACUGGGGUGAGAUGCUUUCGUACCCCCGCAAGCUCGCACACUGGCACCCCCUCGUAGAGUGGGUCGCCACCACCGGCGGUGGGAGUCAAGGAGGAUCCACCAACUCCCUGAAGGCACCCCCCUCACCUUGAAACACACACACACACACACACACACACACACACACACACACACACACACACACACACACACACACACACACACACACACACACACACACACACACACACACACA